UGUCUGUUCAAUGCUUGGAUGCAAUGUAAAUGUAAUAUUGCAACACUUUAGUGCUAUUUAUGCGCUAACAAAAGAGUGCCAGAUAAACGCAUUGAAUGCAACACAACCUGCUCAGGAAAUGUGAGGAAUGAUUCAACUAUUCACUCCGCACAUAAUCUGAUGUACGGCACGGGGUGAUUUAAAAAAUACAGUCACUGUAUCUGAUAUAAUCUUUAUCAGCACGCGUAGAUAACUCAACCCACAGACGAGGUCUCGUUCUACUAGUUUAAAAAAAACUGCAAGACAACAGCUUCAGUUCCUCAAUCACAGUAAUCCCGGUCUGUGUAAAGUGCCGAGUCAGUCUGAUGUUCUGAGCUGACAGUGACCCGGCACAGAUGUCUGAUGAGGAGUCGCUUGUGUGUAACGGCUCAAAGAGCGAAUUGGCAAACCACAGGACACCUAAAACAGAUGUGGACCCUGUGUUUGUGGAGAACCUCAGGAGAAAGCUCAAAUAUUUCUUCAUGAGUCCCUGUCAGAAGUACAGAGCCAGAGGUCGAAAGCCAUGGAAACUGAUGCUGCAAAUUCUUAAGAUCGCCAUUAUUACAGUUCAGUUAGUCUCUUUUGGGUUGAGCAAUGAGAUGAUGGUCACCUUCAAAGAGGAAAAUCUCAUCGCCUUUAAACAUCUCUUUCUGAAAAAUUACCAGAACAGUGAUCAAGACUACGCUGUAUACACCAAACAUGAGGUCCAUGAUCAUAUCCAGUAUAUUAUCAGAAGGUAUCUCAACCUUCGAAACCUGACUGUUGGCAAUCACGCGUUGGAGAUGAUCGAUGGCAUUGUCACGCCACUGUCUGUCUGUCAGAAGCUAUAUCGACACGCUGAUAUUUCACCUUCCAAUGAGACAUUUGAUAUAGAUCCUCAUGUAGACACAGAGUGUAUUAAUGUUUACCCCAUAUCACCCUAUGAGAACGAUGGUUUGGCAAGUGACAUGAACCUUACUUUAGACUUUCAGAGACUAUUAGCAGUGAACAUCAUUCUCAGAAUAAAAGCUAUCAACCUUCAGACAGUCCGUCAACUUGAAUUACCCGACUGCUAUGACUUUGACAUUAAUAUCAUGUUUGACAAUCACGCACACAGUGGGCAAAUCCCGAUAUCUCUCAACACCGAUGUGCAGAUCAAAGUUUGUAAAGACUGGAAUGUUUCUGGCUCAACAUACAGUCACUUCCUGCUGAUAAUUGUGUUUGACUGUGUGGUCGUCUGUGCCUGUUUGUUCUCACUCAUUCUCUGCACGCGCUCAGUCUGCACAGGAAUUUCCUUGCAGUUUGAAUAUACUACAUAUGUGUCCAGUCAACACAGUAAAGAAGUGUCCUGGUCUGAGAGAAUGGAGUUUAUUAAUGGCUGGUACAUUCUCAUCAUUAUCAGUGACACACUGACCAUUGCCGGUUCAGUUCUCAAAAUAUGCAUUCAGAGCAAGGAACUGACAAGCUAUGACGAGUGCAGUAUUUUACUGGGCACUUCAACAAUGCUGGUCUGGAUCGGAGUCAUGCGCUACCUCAGUUUCUUUCAGAAAUAUUACAUCCUCAUCCUCACCCUGCGGGCCGCUCUUCCCAACGUUAUUCGAUUUUCCUUCUGCGCUGUUAUGAUCUAUCUCAGCUACUGCUUCUGCGGAUGGAUCGUACUGGGACCACAUCAUGAAAACUUUCGGACAUUUAAUAUGGCAGCCGACUGCUUGUUCUCUAUGAUAAACGGGGAUGAGAUUUACGCCACCUUCACUAAACUCCGUGACAAGAACUACCUGGUGUGGGUGUUCAGUGGAAUAUAUGUCUACACCUUCAUCCCACUCUUCACUUACAUGGUGCUGAGCCUCUUCAUCGCCCUCAUCACAGAUACAUAUGAGACUAUUAAGCAUUAUCAGAGGGAUGGAGUAGCACUUUCAGAGCUGCAAGCUUUCAUAUCUGAGUGUAAAGAUCCACCUGACUCAGGCAAAUACAUGAUGGAUGAAGAACCUUCCGGCAUUUGCUGCUUUUGUGCUGGUUGUAGCUGAUGAGAGGACAUUUUGGGCAAUAACGUUUUUUAUGCUCAAUACUACCACAAGAGCAUAAAAAUUUGAACAUCAGCAGUUUAUUUCUUCAGGAUUUUUAUAAAUCAAUCAAACAAACAAAACACUCCUACUUGUCAUUUAUGUCAGGUACUUGUCAGGUAUAGUUUGCACCAAAACUGUUUAUGCUGGCUCUGAUUGUCAUCAACUCCUCCAUGUUGUUCCAAACAUCAAGAAACACAAAGGUUUUCAGAAGAUUGUACUGACCU